AUGUCCCUUCACCAACAUUUCCAUUUUGGCGGCCCUGGUGGCCGUGGCGGUGGCCGUGGCGGUGGCCGUGGCGGUGGCCGUGGCGGUACAUAUGGCCGCACAAACACGUUGAAAGAAAGGAAAGAACGUAGGCAAGCCAUAUGCGACCGUGCCUUUAUGAUGAUUAUGGCCGCCCACCGUGGCGAAAGAGACGGCAUGGCAGUGGAAGGGCGCGCCUUGUUGGAGCGCUUGAGGCAGCAUAAUGUGCUGCCUCAGGUUUCGGUGGCCCCCCAGCGCGAGGCCCCGGCCCAGGAAUACGCGUAUGUGCCGGCCCCGGCCCCGGAAUACGCGCAAUAUAUGCAACAAGCUCAUUAUGUGCCGCAGGUGCAACAGGUCCCAAUGGACAAUAAUCAAAUGGAGCAAUAA